CAAUAAUGUCAUCAAAAUCAAGUGCAUUAACAAAAAUCAUAACCCCUCUUCUGCUAAUCAUAUCUCUAACCUUUCUCCCCCUUCCAUUCCUCCCGCCUUCAACAAAAAUUCAAUCUUACCCAGAAACCGAAUCCAUUAAAUCAUUCAUCCAAUGCUUCCACAACCUCACCAAUGUCUCAGACUUGAUCUCCAUCUCCAACACCUCAUCCUACCACUCAACCCUCCUCUCCUCCCUCAAAAACAACCGUUUCCUCUUUUCCGCAACCACAUCCAUGCCGUCGCUGAUCCUCGCCGCCAAAUCCGAUCCUCACGUUCAAGCCGCCGUCAUCUGCGCCGCCCGAUCAAACCUCAACAUCCGUCCUCGCAGCGGCGGCCACGAUUACGAAGGCUUGUCGUACUGCGCCCACCAAACUAACUCUUCCUUCAUAACACUUGACAUUUCAGCCCUACAUUCCAUCUCCUUCGAAGAACUCUCCGGCACUGCUUGGGUUCAAGCCGGCGCAACUCUCGGCCAACUUUAUUACGAAAUAGCCGGAAGAAAUAAAACUGCCGCCUUUCCGGCGGGAUUCUGCCCCACCGUCGGCGUUGGGGGACACGUGAGUGGCGGCGGUAUGGGGAGUUUGACUAGAAAAUAUGGCACCGCAGCUGAUAAUGUUGUGGAUGCUCGGCUUGUCGACGUCAAAGGUCGAAUUUUGAACAGAGAGUCGAUGGGGGAGGAGCUUUUUUGGGCGAUAAGGGGAGCCGGCGCCGCCGGAUUCGGCAUUAUCGUGGCUUUCAAGAUCAGUUUAGUUGAAGUUCCGGAAAAAGUUACGGUUUUUAAUGCGGUAAGAACAUCUGCAAAUCAAAACGUUACUGAAUUGGCAGGGCGUUGGCAGGAAAUUGGCCAUCGGCUGGAUGUGGAUCUCUUCAUAAGAUUAAUCGCUGAGGCGACGGCAAAGAAGGAUGAAACGACGGCGAGCAUAAAACUUACUUUCAGUUCUCUGUACUUGGGCGGGAGAAAGGAGGUUCUGAGAUUGGCGAAGCAGAGCUUUCCGGAGCUCGAGUUGAAAGCUUCAGAGUGCGUGGAAAUGACCUGGCUUGAAUCAUUUUUGUUUUUCAAUGGACUGUAUGGGAAGUUUCCGGUUGAGGCUCUGGUGAAUAAAAUAAUUGAAUCGACUGGUUCGUUCAAGGCCAAGUCUGACUUUGUUCAGAAAUCGAUUCCGGGGAGUGGAUUGAACAAGAUAUGGAGAUUUUUAAUGGAAGCUUAUGAAGAUGGGGAGUGGUUUGUUCUGAUAAUGGAACCAUUUGGGGGGAAAAUGAGCGAGAUUUCAGAGGAUGAAAUAGCUUUUCCUCAUCGAAAAGGUAAUCUGUACAAUAUUCAGUAUAUUCUGAAAUGGUUGGAUUCGGAGGAGGAGAAGGGAGGGGGGAUAGAAAGGCGUCUGAGAAGAAUGAAGAGUUUGUAUGAGCUGAUGGCUCCUUAUGCUUCGACUGAACCGAGGGCUGCUUAUUAUAACUACAAGGAUAUGGAUUUGGGAAGGAAUGCUGAGGGGAAAAGUAGCCGUUACUCGGCGGCUGCAGAGGGUUGGGGGAGAAUGUAUUUUAAAGGGAAUUUUAGGAGAUUGGCCGAGUUGAAGGGAAAGGUUGAUCCACACAAUUUCUUUUGGAAUGAGCAGACUGUUCCACCGCUGCAUGCGGAUUUUAUGUAG